AUGAAUGUCGAGCCACCGCAGGAGGCGGUUCAUCCCGUGAUGACGACCAGACGCUUUGGUAUCCUCCUCGCAAUCUCAGCUCUCUUCGUAGCCGGUCUUGUUCCAUACCUAUUAUACAGAAAUAUCUUACAUCAAAAUUACUUCUACGCUUCCCUCGACAGUUAUCCGACCCCGAAGGAAAUUGCUUUGAAAUUACACUGUCCUGGAAGGCCGAAUAUGACAGCAAAUGGACUCGAAAAAAAGCCUCAACUGUUCAAGCUUCCUUUGAGGACUCAGGGACGCAACAUUAUAGAUUCUGCAGGUGAAAAGGUGAAGUUAAUGAGUAUCAACUGGUAUGGUGCGAGUGAUGAGGAUUUCGUCCCAGGGGGGCUGGAUGUCAAACACAGGAAUGAGAUCGCAGCUACGAUCAGAGAGAUGGGGUUCAAUAGUGUGAGACUUCCGUACUCUGACGAACUGGUUCUCACGAACCCCGACGUCCCAGAGAAAUUUUGGUCGAAAAAUCCGGAUCUUACCUCUUGGAAAAGGAAAGAGGCUGGAGGGCUGGAGGGUGAAAACGCACAGCACGCACUGGAUUCAACGAGUACUCAAGAUGUGGGCGCUGGGGACAAAGAGAACAACAGUACACUCACCGUCAAAGCCCUAGAUAUCUUCGACGCGGUAGUAAAAUCUCUUACAGACGAAGGAAUCGCCGUAAUAGUCAACAACCAUAUCACUCAAGCCCGCUGGUGCUGUGACGCAAAUCUCUGCGAUGCCACCUGGGCGAAUGACUAUCUUGGAAAAGUUUGUCGAAUCUCCCAGACCGAAGAACAGUGGAUCCAAAACUGGGAGAAGGUCAUGCGGAAUUACGUUGACAACCCACUCGUGAUUGGUGCCGAUUUGAGGAACGAAAACCGGUCUCCGCUGGGGAAAAUGCUCUGGCCAUCCUGGGCCACGGCCGCCGAAAAGGCAGCUAAUAGACUGCACGCUUUGCAACCUAACUGGCUGAUGUUUGUCGAAGGAGUCGCUUCCGCGAACUAUUUACAGGGUGUCAGAUCUCGACCUAUAAGCUUACCUAUCCCACACCGUGUUGUAUAUUCUGCGCACGUCUACGGAUGGUCCGGCUGGGGGUCCUUGCUAAAGGGACCCUAUUGGUCACGAGAUUACGCAAGCUUUGCGUACGAUAUGUACGACAACUGGGGAUUUCUUUUGGAAGAGAAUAUUGCACCUGUUUGGGUUGGGGAAUUUGGAGCACCCGAUGUGCCAAAUACUGGAGAUGUGAACUACUGGACGAACUUGAUGAAUUUUCUAGAGGAAAUGGAUGCGGACUGGGGGUAUUGGGCUAUUAAUCCGAGGAAGCCACAAGGGAAUGAGACGGAGACAUAUGCUUUGGUUCAGGAUGACUGGGUGACCCCAAAAUGCGACUACCGGCUGUAUGAUCUGGUGGUGAAGCUUGGCCUGAAGCCGUACAAUUCAACUGCACCGACAACCUCAACAUCCACCUCAACAUCACCCCCAACGAAGACCCCCGUCCAACCUUCGACAGGAAAUGGAAAACAAAUACCAAUAGGAAAUAUUUAA